CAAACCGUUGAGCACGAAGUGAGGGAGAGAAGAAUCAUCGCCUUCACCGGAAGAGGAGCAAAGAGACGAUGCUCUCGGCGGCGACGGUGAAUGCUCGGCCUUUUUAUGCGGCAGAAUGUAGAAGGCGACGGCGGUUUAAAGUGACGGCGGAGAAGUUUCCAGCGUUUCUGCCGAAGGAAGUCGAGAGAAUCAAGGACACAUUUGCUCGGAAUCUCGCCGCGAGAAUCAAGAGGCUUCCUGUGCAAGUUAGCUUCGCAGAAAACAGUAUCAUGAGCAGUUGCGUGACGCCGCUGGUGCAAACUGAGGGAAACCCUGUGGUUCUUCUACAUGGAUUCGACAGUUCUUGUUUAGAGUGGAGAUACACUUAUCCGCUGCUCGAAGAAGCUGGUUUAGAAGCAUGGGCUUUCGAUAUCCUUGGCUGGGGUUUUUCUGAUUUAGAGAAACUUCCUCUGUGUGAUGUAGCGUCGAAGAGAGAGCAUUUCUACCAGUUUUGGAAAUCUCAUAUUAAAAGGCCGGUGAUUUUGGUCGGACCUAGUCUCGGUGCUGCCGUUGCGAUAGAUAUUGCUGUCAAACACCCAGAUGCGGUUGAGUCUUUGGUAUUGAUGGACGCAAGUGUUUAUGCAGAAGGCACUGGAAACCUGGCAACUUUGCCCAAAGCAGCAGCUUAUGCUGGGGUAUAUCUAUUGAAGAGUAUUCCGUUGCGGUUAUACGUCAACUUUCUUUGCUUCAGUGGUAUCUCACUGGAAACUAGCUGGGACUGGACUAAGAUUGGGCGUUUGCAUUGUCUGUACCCUUGGUGGGAAGAUGCAACUGUGAGUUUUAUGUCAAGCGGGGGAUACAACGUCACUUCUCUUAUCGAAAAGGUUUCGCAGAAGACUCUUAUACUGUGGGGCGAGGAUGACCAAAUCAUUAGCAGCAAGCUCGCUUCGAGACUGCACGGCGAAUUGUCAAACGCUCAUGUGAGACAAAUACCAGAAUGCGGCCAUCUUCCCCAUGUAGAGAAACCAGCUGCUGUCGCAAAACUGAUCUCAGAGUUCGCUGGAGAGAUUUGCUGCGAAGAGGCUCGACUCAUAUCAUAGGCAUUGAAGGUGUGUGUCUCACCACACUUCAUUUUCUGUUAAGCGUAAUUUAGGUGAUACUUCACUUCAUUCAUGUUUUGACCUCUCAACAAAAGAACCCACCAAACUUCUGCGAUAUUCCAUUUUAUUAUUGAUUCCAUGAUGGUCGGCUUUGCAUCACAGGAAUAAUAUUGAAUUGUCUUUCAUGUGGGUCAAUAAUAUCUUAUUCCAUCCA